AUGUGGAAGUACGUUGUGCCAUUCUGUGCUGCUGUCUUGAUGGUUGGAGCUGCUCCACAGGCAGCCCCAGCAGCUCCUGCAGCCCCUGUUCAACAGCACGCUGAUAGUGAUAACGUGACCCCAGUGCCAAUCCUGCGGUACACCGAAUCCGUUGGGCAGGAUGGAAGUUUCAACUACAGCUACGAGGCUGGCAAUGGGAUCAACGUAGAAGGUGCUGGAUUCACAAAACGCGCUCAGGUGCCACGAAUUGAUCCUGAAACUGGAGCCGAAGCCGGUCUCGAGGAACAAGAUAUCCUCGUGCAGACAGGCUCCUUCUCCUACACAGCUCCCGAUGGUACACCCAUCCACGUGCAGUACAUUGCCGAUGAGAAUGGCUUCCAGCCCGUUGGUGAUCAUUUGCCCGUGCCACCACCACUCCCAGAAGCAAUUGCCAACUCCCUCAAUCAGCAGGCACAGCAGCAGCAGGCUACACAGCAAGCUGCUCAGCAGCAGCCAGCACCACAGGAUGCUCAAUUUCAUCAACCUGAGCCAGCUUCCUCAAACAUCCACCAAUUCAACGCAAUCCCACAACAGUUUGCUCCCUUCCGGAUUGUCGUCUAAACUCCAG